AUGUAUAAAGACUCUCAUCCUUCUCGUAGGUUUUUCAUUGGGCAUUCACAACUCCUCCACAUCUAUUGAAUUCAUCCAUUCAAUCUACAAACACAUUUCUCUACCUAUUUUCAAAGUCAACAUGAAGAAUAUCUUUUCUUUCGCCCUCCUAGCUGCUGCCGUCUCAGCUUCUCCAUCGUCAAAGGAUGGCCCCUCAGGCAGUUGCAAGUCUACACAAAAUGCAAAUUUUGACGACUUGACUGGUGUUCCGGCAGUCCAAUACAACCAAAUACCAGUUCCAUAUAAAGGUCUCAAAUACCAAGGAUUCAACUUGCUUGUAGUCGUCAAAACUGGAGUCGCUCCCGGAGUCGUUCCUCGUUCCGGAAACAACUAUGGUGUGUCGAAUGCUGUCACGAGAACAACUGGAGGUUCCCCUAGGUGGACUGCCGACAAUCCAAACUCAGCUGUGAGACGAUUUACUCCCUUGAGCUUCUAUUACGGCUGCUCGAUCGAUCUUCAGAAUGGAGUUGCUGCUGCUCCAACUGCUUGCGACAUCACUAUCACUGGUUACAAAGAGGGUGAUAAACGAGUGGCUUCACAAACCUUCGCCUUCAGACCCGCCUCGGCCCUCAGUGUUGCGCAAAUGACGAAAGGAAAUUUUAUUGGAUCUUUCCAGGAGGUCCAAUAUGUUACUGUCAGUUACACUGUUGCUGCUGGAUCACCUCUCAAUGCCAGUCUGGUAUUGCUUAUGGACGACAUCCAGUACGCAACUUGCUCGUCUAUUGGAGGUAGAGAUAAUUAG